AGUGUUGGACUUGGGGUUUACAAAGUGUGGGAGAGACUGAGCCUGAUGAGAGGGCUGGCUGUACCAUUAGUAGAGACUGAGCCUGUAGAGAGGGCUGGCUGUACCAUUAGUAGAGACUGAGCCUGUAGAGAGUGCUGGCUGUACCAUUAGUAGAGACUGAGCCUGUAGAGAGUGCUGGCUGUACCAUUAGUAGAGACUGAGCCUGUAGAGAGUGCUGGCUGUACCAUUAGUAGAGACUGAGCCUGUAGAGAGUGCUGGCUGUACCAUUAGUAGAGACUGAGCCUGUAGAGAGGGCUGGCUGUACCAUUAGUAGAGACUGAGCCUGUAGAGAGGGCUGGCUGUACCAUUAGUAGAGACUGAGCCUGUAGAGAGUGCUGGCUGUACCAUUAGUAGAGACUGAGCCUGUAAAGAGGGCUGGCUGUACCAUUAGUAGAGACUGAGCCUGUAGAGAGGGCUGGCUGUACCAUUAGUAGAGACUGAGCCUGUAGAGAGUGCUGGCUGUACCAUUAGUAGAGACUGAGCCUGUAGAGAGUGCUGGCUGUACCAUUAGUAGAGACUGAGCCUGUAGAGAAGGCUGGCUGUACCAUUAGUAGAGACUGAGCCUGUAGAGAGUGCUGGCUGUACCAUUAGUAGAGACUGAGCCUGUAGAGAGUGCUGGCUGUACCAUUAGUAGCUAACUUGUCAUUUCAACAUCAGUUGAAGUAAAAUAAUCGUAUUUCAGAUUUUUAUGGAUCCUUUAGGCACAAAUCACAAAGAUGAGAAGGACACUGCUUUCAUUACAGUAGAGGAGGAGGAGGAGAAAGAUGAUAGCGAGACAACAGUGAUAGACGGUGAGGAGGAAUCAGAUGACAAAGCCAAGGAGACUGAACCCCAGCAGCAGAAGGAGCAGGCCUGGGCCCCCACUACCUAUUCCAAGUUUGGUAAAGAGGUGUUUUGCUGCGUAGGACAGGAGAUCAGCAUCUUUGAGGCCUUGGACUCUUACGGUGCUGUCAUCUGGCCUGCGGCGUUGGCUCUGUGUCACUACCUAGAGACCAACGUUGAGCAGUUGAACCUGGUGGACAAGGCAGUGCUGGAGCUAGGAGCAGGUCCUGGCCUAGUGUCUAUUGUAGCCACACUCCUAGGUGCCUGGGUCACAGCUACAGACCUACCAGAGAUCAUAGGUAACCUGAGAGCCAACCUGCUCCGUAACACAAGAGGGCGCUGUAGGAACACUCCCCAAGCUGCAGCUCUGUCCUGGGGUCCUGACGUGGAACGCAUCUACCCCAGAUCUGUCUAUCGCUAUGACUACGUGCUGGCGGCUGACGUGGUGUAUCACCAUGACUACCUGGAAGAGCUGCUGUUCACCAUGAGAUACUUCUGCCGUCCAGGAACCACUCUGAUCUGGGCCAACAAGGUCCGCCUCAAGAGCUUCACAGAGAACUUCCAGAACACCUUCAACACCACACUGCUGGCUGAGAUUGGAGAAGUAAACAUAUUCAUGGGCACGUGUCGAGAAACAGAGGAGAAACCAGAGCUAGACCCAGGAAAACAACAGGAAGAGGAGGAGGAAACAGAGCUGGUCCCAGGAAAACAACAGGAAGAGGAGGAGGAACCAGAGCUGGACUCAGGAAAACAACAGGAAGAGGAGGAGGAACCAGAGCUGGUCCCAGGAAAACAACAGGAAGAGGAGGAGGAACCAGAGCUGGUCCCAGGAAAACAACAGGAAGAGGAGGAGGAAGAACAUGUCUGUUUACAGGUGGAGGAAAAUGGUUUAGAGGAAAAGGAGGAAGAGUUUGAAGCAGAUCAAACAACUGAGAAUGAGGAAGAAGACGAGACGCAGAAGGAAGGACUGAAAGAGGAGAACAAGGACAGAGAAAACCAGGAAGACUCUCAGGAUUGCAGAGACGACGAAUCAGCACUUGAGGGUCUUGAGGAGGCAGACACUCAGGACUCAAAUGUGCAACGGGAGGAGAGACCAGUCUGGGUCGAACAGUUUGUUGUGGAGGCAGACACUCGGGACUCAAAUGUCCAACGGGAAGAGAGACCGGUCUGGGUCGAACAGUUUGUUGUGGAGGCAGAUAACAUUGCAGAGGAACAAGACAACAGUUUGGAGGAGGAGGAGGAAGCUGAUGCAGGUGAUGGCAGUAGCCAAACAUGGGAGAAACAGAUGUUGGAACAUAGUGAUGAAGGAUAUGGGGAUGAUGAUGAUGAAGAGGCAGAAAACACUAACUCCCGCUGUAGCACCGAAGCGACUGACGAAGACAUUAUCGAGGAGCUGGACACCAAGGAAACCAAGGAUACAGGAGAUGCCCAGCUGGAUAAUACCCACGUCCCCUGGAUACGACUGGACAGAGAGGUCUACUUCUAUGCUGGGCACAAAAUCAACAUCGUCGAGGCAAUGGACUCCCAUGGCGGAGUGAUAUGGCCAGCAGCGUUGGCUCUAUGUAACUACCUGGAGACCAAUACUGAUGUGAUAGAUCUGAAAGGAAAGCAGGUUUUGGAACUGGGAUCAGGGACAGGAUUAGUGUCUAUCGUCGCCAGUCUACUGGGUGCCCAGGUGACGGCCACCGACCUCCCAGACGUCCUUAGUAAUCUUAGAUACAACUUGCUCCGAAACACCAGAGGGCGCUCUAAAUAUACACCUGAGGUGACAGCUCUGUCCUGGGGUCCUGAGGUGGAACGCACUUACCCACGAUCCGUGUAUCGCUAUGACUACGUUCUGGCGGCUGACGUGGUGUAUCACCACGACUUAGAGGAGCUGUUGGUUACCAUGAAAUACUUCUGUCGUCCAGGAAACACUCUGAUCUGGGCCAACAAGGUCCGCCUCAAGACAAACCUGGUAUUCACUGAAGACUUCAAAAACACCUUCAACACCACCCUGCUGGCUGAGAUGGGAGAGGUUAAGAUCUUCAAGGCCACAUGUAAAAGGUAGGAAUUGUGGAAAGAAGGAUGAGGAACUACUGUCGACAUCCUGCCGACUGUAACCAAGACUUCCGAGUCUUUUCUUCUUCCUCUGAGAAAUGCUUGAAGACAGAAGGCGGCCAUCUUGGCUAAUGAUAAUGGACGUUGAUGGACUACUGAUGUUGUUGUUGAUGUUUGAUUUCUACUUUCAAAUGAUCUACUAUAUAUAGUGCUUUAUUGUUUACUUUGUUUUUACACACGUACUUAGAUAGUUGAUAUUAAUAUUAAAAUGUAUGCACUU